AGGCCUGCACGCUUCUAGCAUCGACCAGUCUGACCUUUUCCCAACGUGUAAGCUUCAGCACGUGCAGUGCCUAUCAUUCUGAUUGCCACCUGCCUCGACAGAGCUUACCUGGAUUGCUGGCGCGCGUGGUUGGCUCUGCCAAGCUUUUCCUUUACGCAACGCUCGACUGACCAGCAAACGCACGCAUCCUUCACCGCUUCCACAUCUUGGCAGCAGCGGCCGCUCCCAUUCGCACUGCACCCACAGCAUCACCAUGCCUCGCCUCACAAAGGUGCAGAGGGAAGUGCGAGAUGCGCGAAGAGAGGCGCAAGAAGCGGCUCGAGAUGCGACGGCUGAUGUCAUAGGUGCAUCAUCUCGUUCAAAGCCCACCAUCAAUUCGCUGUCCAACAAUACCAAAACCCAAACCAAAACCAAGACCACCGGCGGCGGCCAAGCGUCUCCUACGAGAGAUGCGGUGGAUGCCCCAUCAUCAGACGCGGUAUCCGGUGCUCCUGGUGCUGCUGCUCCGCCCAUGGAAAUCUACUCGGACGUGAGCACGUCGGAGGAUGAGGAGCAUGAUAGGCGAUGCAGGGAUCAUGGAGUGGUAGCGGGCGUGCAUGGAGGAUCGACCAUCGAGGCAAAAGCAUCAGCGCAGGGAAUGAAUGCUUCGCGUCAGAGACACUCUUCCACUUCCGAUGGCGAAGAGGAUGAGGAUGGCAGAGGCGGAGCGCAGGAUGAGGGAGAGGCGAAGUGCAAUUGGCAAGGAUGCGGAGAGACUUUCCACAGUUUGGUGCCGUUCGUGGAGCACAUACACAAUACGCACAUCGGUAUCAACAAGAACAAGUAUGCGUGCGAAUGGAUCGGCUGUGGACGUAGAGGCAAAGCGCAGACCAGCCGUUUCGCUCUCAUCUCCCACAUUCGAUCUCACACGGGGGAGAAGCCGUUCGUGUGCCCAUCUCUAGAGUGCGACAAGUCCUUUACUCGCUCUGAUGCGCUGCACAAGCACAUGAGAGUGCAUCACGACAUGGUGCCGCAAACCGGGCGAGCGGCGAAGCUGGCAGAGACGCGAGCAGCGAAUGCCAGCGUAUCAGGGCUAGUCAAGCAAGAAGAAGAUCCCGAUGAAUCUGCCGGUGGUGCUGGUGCUGGGGUGGAGGAGACAGGUCAAGAGGCGGCGCCGGCAGCGGAUGAGUGGAGCGAUAGCGAUGGCAUUCCCGAAACGUACGAGUCCCGCUGGCUAGCUCCUUCCUCCUCCUCGACCGGACUGACAGACGAAGAUCUAGGCAUCAAAAGGCGAAAAGUGGACCCUACGACACAGCCCGGCGAUGCGGAUUUCUUGGUGUUUGAAGAGGAGAUUUGGGAAGCGGACAUGGACCCCACGCUUACGACUGCUAGGCGGGAGUGGAUCAAGCGAGCUCGCGAGAGGUGGGAAGGUGAGCGAGCGCAAGGCUCGUCAAGUCGGCGAAAGAAGAGCGUUCCGAGCUUGGGGCCGGCAGCUGGCGAUACGCUGGACUUGAACGAGGAUGGCAAACGAGCAGGAAGGAGGUCCAGCUCAAAAUCUGCUCCGCCCACGGCCGACAACGGCGACACGAGCGCGAGCGGCAGUACGAUCGAGGCGAGCGCAUACUCCCGCAGACGUUAUCUGGUCGAAAAGGCCAAAUUAAGAAUUGCGAGGCAACACAAUGCGCAACUGAACAAGGUCGCCACCGAACUGGGCGAGGAGUUUAGACAGACUAGAGAGGAUCGAGAUAAUGCGCUCAAAGCUGCUCUGAUUCGAGAAAUGGGUCACGAUGUUUUGGCACUAUGGACGCCGCCAAACUCACCAUGAUUCGCCCGCACCUCUGAGGGUCAGUCGACGACCCCGCGUACUAAAGGCCAGCAGCUUCUUAGUGUAGAAAUUUUGCUGGUAUGCACCGAUCGCAUUGCAAUUCCAAGACGUUUCGAGGCGAUGCCGAGACUGAGUGGCAGCAAAGUGGACAAGCUGCUAUCUGAUU